AUGUAUGGCGUUUAUAAUAAUUCAUUUUUAUCUCACAACAACCACAGGCACCCGACUCUGCAACGAGUGGCCGGUGGCAACGGGACCAUUGAGGGUAUAGACGGCCUUAACCUUUGGGACAGCAUCUCCACCAAUGGAACCAGCCCACGGCAGGAGUUUGUCUACGACAUCAAUGAC